CAGCGCUCUGUUCUACGGACAGCCGAACGAUCCAUUCCGCUCCCCUGCAGUCGUGAGCGGACAGCCAGUGAGGGGGUGUCGUUGAGUUUGAGCGUGCGGUCUGGCGGCGGUCACCUGGGACCGGAGAGAGGAAGGAGAGGAUGAACUCUAUUAAAAACGUGCCGUCCCGGAUAAGCCGGCGGUCAGGACACGGUCUGGAGGUAGAGAGGGAGCAGUUUGACAAGAACCAGGGAAUCAGCAUCAGCAAGGCCAUCAAUGCACAGGAAGCCCCAGUGAAAGAAAAACAUGCGCGCAGAAUAAUACUGGGGACUCACCGUGAAAAAGGUGCAUUCACAUUUUGGUCAUAUGCCAUUGGACUUCCUCUGCCUAGCAGUUCCAUUUUGAGCUGGAAAUUCUGCCAUGUUCUUCACAAAGUGCUGAGAGAUGGGCACCCAAAUGUUCUCUCAGAUUGUCAACGAUACCGCGGUAAUAUACGGGAAACGGGAGAGCUGUGGGGACAUUUGCAUGAUCGGUAUGGACAACUUGUGAACGUAUAUACAAAACUUUUGCUUAAUAAGAUAAGCUUCCAUAUAAAGCAUCCUGAAUUUCCACCAAACCUGGAAGUGACUGAUGAUGUCCUUGAGAAAGCAGCUGGCACUGAUGUCAACAAUAUAUUUCAACUUACCGUGGAAAUGUUUGAUUACAUGGAUUGUGAACUGAAACUAUCUGAGGCUGUUUCCAGGCAGCUGAACAGCGCGAUUGCGGUGUCUCAGAUGUCCGCUGGGCAGUGUAAACUGGCCCCGCUCAUCCAGGUCAUUCAGGAUUGUAGCCAUCUUUAUCACUACACAGUCAAGCUGAUGUUUAAACUCCAUUCGUGUCUGCCUGCGGACACCUUGCAGGGACACAGAGACAGAUUCCAUGAACAGUUUCACAGUCUCAAAACCUUCUUCAAACGAGCUUCUGACAUGCUGUAUUUCAAGCGACUUAUUCAGAUCCCCCGUCUUCCUGAUGAUCCUCCAAACUUUCUGAGAGCAUCAGCUCUCGCAGAGCAUGUGAAACCCGUGGUAGUCAUUUCUAACGAGACUCCUGAAGAGGAGGAACCAGCGGAGCCUCUAAUCGAAAUCAACAUGGCUCAGCCAGUGGAACAACCGGUUGUAGAAGACCUAUUUCAACAAAAUUUUGGUCCCCCAAAUGGUCUUAUGAAAGAUGACAAGGAUCUUCAGAUUGAAAAUCUCCAGAAAGAAAUAGAACUUCUGCGUGCAGAGCUGGAAAAAAUUAAACUAGAGGCUCAGAAGUACAUCAUGCAGCUGAAAGGUCAGAUUAACACUUUAGAGGCUGAGCUGGAGGAGCAGCGUAAGCAGAAACAGAAGGCCCUAGUGGAUAAUGAGCAGCUGCGGGAUGAGCUGGAGAAACUAAGAAAGCAGAAGCAAGAAACAGACAAGACCCAGGGGCUUUUAGUAGAUGCAGAGAAGAAAGCACAGGCAACAGAAUUACGCUACAAUAAACUGAAAGAAAAGCACAAUGAACUGAUAAAUGCCCACGCUGCGCUUCUCCGGAAGAAUGCUGACACAGCCAAACAGUUGACUGUGACGCAGCAAAACCAGGAAGAGGUGGCUCGUAUCAAGGAGCAGCUGGCACUUCAGAUGGAUCAAGUCAAGCGAGAGUCGGAGAUGAAGUUGGAGGAUCAGAGUUUCCAGAUUGAACAAUUAAAAACUGAAAUCGAAUCAAAGACACAAGAGCUUGAACAGAUCCAACAGUCUCUCAGUAAAUCAGAGCAGUCUGAAACCCAGCUAAGCUCAAGACUGACCGCACUGGAAGCAGAGAAGGACUCAUUGAAAAGUUUGUUGACCUCUAAAGAGUCUGAGCUGUUGUCAGUCAGAAAUGUAGCCCAGGAAACAGAAACCUUAUUCAAUCAAGAACAAGAAAAGAAGGGCAAUGAAAUACAAGAACUGAAUGACAAACUCAACAGAAAGAGUGCUGAGGAACAGAAACUUAAACAGAAGAUGUUAGAAGAUCAGUUCCAUGUUAUUCAGGGAACAGUAAGAGAAGCGGAGAACAUAAUUCAGGAUGCGAUGGCGAAACUUGAUGAUCCUCUGCAUAUCCGCUGUACCAGUUCUCCUGAUUACCUUGUCAGCAGAGCUCAGACCGCAUUAGAAUCUACAAACUCUCUUGAAAAUGGACAUUCUAAAUAUGUACAAGACCCGACGGAUGCUUCUGGCUUAGUUGGAGCUCUUGCCCAAUUUGCUCACCUAACUGCGGACACCAUCGUCAACGGAAGCGCAACCUCUCACCUGGCACCACCAGACCAUGGAGACCGGUUAAGUGAGAGCUGCCGGGAAUGUGGGAACCACAGUUUGCAAUAUUUAAAUGUCCUGAAGAAUAAGCAGUCCAUGAGAGGUGCCGAUCUGACAGAUGUUAGAAGGACAUUACAGAAUAUCCUUGGUCUUGGAGAGGAACUGAGGCCGAACAGUUUGGACAUCAAACAGGAAGAGUUGGGUGAUAUGGUUGACAAAGAAAUGGCCUCCACUUCUAAGGCUAUUGAAGAUGCUGUGCGGAGAAUAGAGGAAAUGAUGAAUCAGGCUCGGAAAGACUGUUCGGGUGUUAAGCUGGAAGUGAAUGAGAGGAUUCUGAACUCUUGCACAGACUUGAUGAAGGCUAUCAGACUUUUGGUCAUCACAUCUACGGAGUUACAAAAAGAGAUUGUGGAGAGCGGAAGAGGGGCAGCAACACCGCAAGAAUUCUAUGCCAAGAACUCUCGUUGGACAGAAGGGUUGAUUUCUGCUUCCAAAGCCGUUGGAUGGGGAGCUACCCAGCUUGUGGAAUCUGCGGAUAAAGUUGUCCUCCAUAAAGGCAAAUACGAAGAACUCAUUGUUGGUUCGCAUGAGAUUGCAGCCAGCACGGCACAACUAGUGGCUGCGUCCAAGGUGAAGGCGGAUAAGAACAGUAAAAACCUUCCCAAACUGCAGCAGUGCUCUCGGCAUGUGAAUGAAAUGGCUGCUAAUGUGGUGGCCUCAACUAAAUCAGGAAUUGAGCAAAUUGAAGAUAAAGAUACCAUGGACUUUUCUGGGAUGUCUCUGAUUAAACUGAAGAAAGAGGAGAUGGAAAGCCAGGUUAAAGUCCUGGAGCUGGAGAAUAUGUUGCAGAAUGAGAGGAUGCGCUUGGGAGAGCUGAGGAAGAAGCAUUAUGCCCUGUCUGGGGUGUAUGAGGAGGUGGAAGAAGUUAAAGCGGCUCCAGUUCAAAAGCCGGGCAUCCUGAAGAAACCCCAGCUGGCGCAGAAACCCACCAUCCCACCAAAAGCUGACUACAAGAUUGAUAAGGAAGAUGGUAUAUACCAAGCAAAUUUCAUAAACUUUUAACCAUCAACUGAUGAGUCUUUUUAAAGAAAACCUGUUCUUAUACACUGUGCAUUCUCCGGAUGGCAGCUUAGACAAUAUGCGCUGAUGCUGGCCCUCAUUAGCCAUUACAUCUGUGUUCUAUACAGAUAGUCCUUCCCCACCUUCACCUCUGCUGAUCAUAUGUAAUGUAAAGGAACCUAGAUCAUUUUAUUGAAUUUUUGUUUUCAUAUUUUACUACUUUAUUGAAAAAUUCAAUAUGCUGAAGCACGGUUACCAAUAACCCUUGCACUAGUAAAACUGUUGGCUGUAUACCUCCUUUUAAUUCUUUUAAUUCAUAAUUAAAGACCCUGUGAAAUUAAAUGGCCAAGGCCUACAUAAGUUCUAAAGUAAUAAUUGUAAAACAGAAAUUAAAAACGACAUAAAACAUCCUGUUUUAGGUACAGCGUGGCUCUUUAAUCUGUACUUGCUUUUCCUUGCUUAGUUUUGCCACAUGGAUCACUUUUCACAGCUGCUGACCUUUGGGCUGAAUAAUGGAGUUGAAUCAUUAAAUAUGCCGGCUGUGA